GCCAAAUACAAAGCUGUUUUUAUCUUUUCACAUAAAACCCCACACGUCGUGUUGGCCAAUCCUCCCCUUAUCGAAAAAUUGUACCUUUAAUCAUGGCCCCUCACAAAUAAGCUGCUCAUUUGGUCAGGUGGGUUUUGGUGGGAAAAAUAAGGGUUCUUUUUUUCUGGAUGAUAUUUGGUUAGUUCACACAUCAUUUCAAAUCGAUCCGAUUAUUGAAAUUGGUGAAAAGAAGAUAAGGAAAAUUGGCCCUGCGCAGAUGCAUUCAGGCAAGUAAGUUCGCAUUAGGUUUUUGUUGUUGCCUUCUGUUGUUUCGAGGUUGCGUCUCAUGUGAGAGCCCCAAAGAAUUUGACCGAGUCAGCAUGUGACGAAAGAAGUGAUGAUUUUGUAGGCAUUGGAGUCAGACUGGUUGUUUGAAGCUUGAAAUAAUUGGCAGUUUGAUCCUCUUUCGUAAUUUGUUGCAAUUUUUUCCUACGAAAUUAUUGGGUAGUUGACAUUUGACAAACGAGUUGUUACUAUACGAGUUUCUGCUCGCCUUUUGAGCUGAAUAGUUUGUAUGUUGAUUAGUUUUCCACGAUUGCGAUUAUUCGAAUCUUCUUAGUUGCUCAGAAGAAUUUUGCUCGAUAUGGCUUUGUAGGGAUAUUGGUGAUGAGCAAUUGAAAAGCUUAGUUUUUCUUUUUUACAAGUGGUUCAUGGAUGUUUGGAUUAUAGCUGCUGCUGCUGGUGCAGGAUAUGUAGCUAAGCGUUUCAAGAAAUUGAAUAUGGGUAAGUGUACUAAUAUCUCAGAUUCGUCAUCCGAGAAUCUUGAAAUUGCAACCAAGUCCCUAGAAACUGUGAAUAGGGUGCAGGAUAAUAUUGCAGAAGAUAUAAGUAAACCAAUAGAACGGGCUUUUCCAUGUGCUUCUGCUGUAGAAAUGGCUCCUACUAGUGGAUACCAAACUGAAAAUUUCAUAAUAUCUGAUUCAAAUUCUUUACCGGGCCCUUCAAACAAUGGAGACUUUGCAGCGAAUCAGGAAGUUUGGUUACAUUCUGUCAUGAAUGAAGAUAUUUCUGGCAAGUCGAGCGAAGUUGGAUUUUCUUAUGACUUUAGACGAAAUAGAAGUAGCCUUAGGAGUAGACACGUUAACAAUAGAUGUAUAAAACACCGGACUUCGCUAGAGAGUUGUCUUAUGGCUCAGUUGUGCAACGAACAUGCCAAAAUGGAAGAAUAUACUUACUCGACUUAUAUGCCGUGUGAACCAAUGCUGAGGCCGUUCAUUGUGACUGAUGGAAACCGAAUAAUCAGCCGAGCAUUUAAUGAAUCUUGCAGUAAAGAACUUGAAGCAGGGAAUUAUAAGUUAGGAAAAGAUAACAACCCAAAUUGUGAUCCAAGAUUACAGAAUGAUGUGCAGGUGGAGUUAUUGGUGCGGGAUAAAGGAAAACCUGUAAAGACGGUGAAAAAACAGCAGGGUAAUGCACAAGGAUCAUCGUCAGAUGGUGCUCUUCUUUUCUAUCUCGGGCUGACUAUGGGCAUCACAUAUUCUUCAUUACAGCAAAAAAGGGAAAUCGAGAAGUUGAGGAAUUCAUUGAAGCAGACAGAGGAUCUCGUUGAAGAUCUUCAGGAGGAGCUUGAAAUGAAGGAUGCAUCAACCUUGAAGGAGCUUACUGUAGAGGAUCACGAAUCGCUAGACGUGCGAAAUUAUUCUUACUUUAAUGAUCCUAUGCAAUCCGCGUCACCUGAACAGAAAUUGGAUUGUUCUCCAAAUAACUUUAAUGAAGAUUAUCGUGAUCGGGAUUCUGAGGAAGAAUCUUUGAGGAAAAUUGAAGCUGAGCUGGAAGCAGAAUUGGACAGGUUGGCGUCAAAUAUGAAGUCGUGCAGCUUGGAAGGGAAAUUAUUGAAUGCAGCUGAGGUUAGCCUAUUUAUUCUGCUUCUUAUGCUUGUUUUAUGUGUUUACACCCACCGUAAAUUGCAGCAGCUCGACUCAGAUCUUCGACCAGAGUUAUUCGGAGCUAAUGCUGCUCAGAACUCGACCAGCGGCUGCUCUUCCCCCACUGCCACCACUCCUCACUCAGUCCACUAUCCAGUUUCUCCUCGAGACCUUAGCCUUCGCUUACAUCAAGUCAUCCAAUCAAGACUUGAAGAGCGCGUAAAAGAACUCGAGACAGCCCUCGAGCAAAGCCAGAAAAUAAUCAAUCGGCAAUCCAAGAACAAUAACCCAUGUGAAAGUGAAAGCUCGUUUUCUUCAGCAGAAAUAUUACGGCAUCUGGACCAGCCUGUGGUAAUAAAUCUUUCAGGGGAGGCUCUAAGCGCGUACAACGAGGCGUACGAUGAGCUGGCGAAGCUGUCUGAAUCGGACAAUGCCAGCUUGGACAAUUAUGCAGAGCUGUCGAACGAUGGGAGUGAAGAUGAGAUGGAGAGGCUGUUGAUAAGGCAGAUUGUGGAGAAGGCGAGGCAAGGCUCGCCUGCGGUUUUGAAGGCGCAAAGGGAUUUGUUUUGCGGUUGAAUUGAGUGAUGAAUGUUUGUGAAUGGGAUUUUUUAAAUUGAAAAACUAUAGUUUGCAACUUCCAAAUGGUCUGAAGCUAAAAUAUAUGCCGAAUAUAACAAAAUGAUAAAAUUUGAUGGAUGCUUUUGAGCUCAUUUAUGCAACGAUAAAC